AUGCCCUUCUUAACCUACACCAAAUUUCGCAUACCGGGAGGCGAUUCUCUAGUGGCGGAGAUCAAUGAGAAUCUUGAAAUAAAAUAUGCAGAGCCACCUAACAACAAAUGGCUAUAUGUAUUGAAGCCACUUCUCAGCGCUCCUGGGCACGAAACAUCGAUGUGGGGACAAAUUCUUGAAAAGCCCGACACCAUUUUAAUUUUCACUGAAUGGAAGGACCAACCAUGGUACAAUAGCUUCCGUGACUCCAAAGAAUAUACCGACGUCUAUUGGCCUGCAUUAUCCAUCGUUGAUGUACCAUCUGUUCAAACUGCUUUUUAUCCCUCCAUAGCUAAUCUACACCAUCUCAUUCCCAUGUUCAAAUACUUCACCAUUAUCACUUGUUAUUUCCCAUCGUCUAUAUCGGAGGAACGGAUCAGGCAGAUAAGUUCUGGUAAGUUUUCAGGGCUACAUAUGAAGAGCAGGGGCGGAAAGUCCGGCCUUUCAAACGUGCACGUCGACCGUCCUCAUUAUCACAUGCCAGCGAGAAUGUGGGCAUUGGAUCCGGAGGAAAGAAGUGGAUUGCAAAUGAAAGCUCUAUUGUGGCUACAUUUCUGGAAGGAUCCUGAGAGUGAAGAACAGUUUAUGAGAAGGAAACGAUCAGUUGGAGUGUAUGGAGACGAGUCACUUCCUGUUAAGGAGGAGUUCGAGCAACGUUUAAGGAGGCAUGAAUGCCAAGAGAUUGUUGAAGAACAUAUCUAUCUUGUCGGUAUCAAUCUGGGGGAUGUUUGA